AUGAGCACGUCCAACUCCUCAGGCAGCAGCCUCUCGAUGUCCAGCGUCACUGGGAUCCUCAAGCUGUCUUCACAAACCGGAUGGAUCACCUGGAACAGGGAUAUCAGGGACCUGCUAACCGUGGCAGGGUACGGAGACCUUCUUCCGGGCGGUAGGAAAGCCGUCCAGCCAGCCCAGCGAGACGAAGAGUCAGAAAACGUCUUCGAAGAUAGGCUUGAAAUCUGGCUAGACAGACAGACCAGGAUCCUCCAAGCCAUCGAGGCGCGCUACAAGCCCAGUGGCAGCGCUUGCUUCCAGGAGCUGGAUAAGAAGUACAUGGACCUGACUCUCGAUGUCUGUACUGAUGUCAUGGACUUCGCCGAAAAACUCCGACAAGCCCGCUCAGAGCUGCUAGAGCUCGACGUCUCUUGUCAAAUCGGGGAACCCCAGUUCAUCAGCAAGUUCCUCACAGGGCUAGGUCCAGCCUACGAGGUGUUUCUCACAGCAUUCUAUCAGCAACACAACCUGCUGCCAAAGAGGGACCUUGCUGGAGCAGUCAAAAGACCAGCAGUCUCCUUCGAAGAAGCCAUCGCCGCUGCUGAACACGAAGAACAGAGCCAGAAGCAACGAGGCGCCACCGCCGGUCAAGCUCUUGCCAUGACUCGGAGAGACAGAGACGUGCCCGUCUGCACCCACUGCAAAAGGAAAGGACACACCGUGGAUAAGUGCUUUAGAGUCCAUCCAGAGCUCAAGGCCGACUUCGACAAGAGACAUGCAGAGAGACUCAAAAAGAAACAGGAUCAUCGCGGCAGGCAGGAGCCCACUACAUCUUCCACUACACCUUCCAUCACAGAUAUCCAGACCGCCCUAGCCUACUUGCAAGGUCAAGCCAAUGACCAACCACAGUCGCAGUCACAGGCUCUUGCCAACCUCGCUAUGCCCCGUUUCACCUUCCCAUGCACGAUACACCUCGCCCUCCUGGUGCUGCCAAUCCAGUGGGAGCGCCUCACAGCACAUCUUCUGCCGCCGAGGCAAAUUCGGCCUUGCUCCCUACACUGGUCUUCCUACGCAGGGGCCAAGGGAGCCCAAUUCCUGCCCAUGGGCGCCGGCAGCUAUGACCUGCCAGUGAAGGUCUGUGGGAAAGACCACAUGCUGACCUUCCAAGACGCCCUCUGUGCCCCUGACGCAGGCGUCAACCUGGUGUCCGUCACAGCUCUCGGCAAGCAGGGGUGCUGGAUCCUUGGCAAUGGCGAGCACGCUGCCAUCGUUAAAGGCGGCCAGAUUGUGCUGACGGCCACUGUGGCUAAUGGUGUCUACGUGAUUGACGAGCCAAACAGAGACAUCAACGCCGCACUGGCUAGCCUGCGUACUCGGGAUCCUGACCUGACCUUCUGGAACGAAGCUACUGAUGAAAUCAGGCGUCAUAGCAACCUUUCUGUCGUCAGCAGCGACCCAGCUGCCCUCGUCACCUCGCAGGUCCAAGAUCCCAACCUACGCAUCUGGCACGAGAGACUGGCCCACCUCAGCGAGCGCAACAUCAAGAGGCUGCAAGGGAUGUCCACUGGUCUGCGACCCCAAUCGCCACAAGACCCGUGCGAGGCCUGCGCUAUUGGCAAGAUCAAGGAAGGAUCUCACAGGCACUCUAUUCGAAAGGGAACCUGGCCGCUAGAAAGUCUGCAUAUUGACAUAUGUGGGCCGUUUCCGGACACUGGAUACGACGGCAGCAGAUACUGGGUGGCCAUCCUAGACGACUACACUCAGUACGGAUGGACCUUUAGCGUGGCCACCAAAGACAGCCUCUUCCCGAUCUUCCAGGCGUUCCUUCAGAAGCAUGAGACGCCUACCAGGCGAUGCCUCUACGUGCGGAUGGACCUAGGAGGUGAAAAUCGCUCCACGCUGCUAGAUGCCUUCUGCACCGACAAGGCGAUCGAAGUCAUCUACGCCGCCACGGAACAGCACCAGCAAAACGGGGCCAUUGAGGUCUUCCAUAGGGUCCUAAGCGAGAAGCUCAACCCUACGCUAAUUCGAAUGCUGGGGUACCAAGGGCACUGUAACUACAUCCUGCUUGAUAGCAGCAACAGGGUCUUCGUGUCUCCCAACGUCAUCUUUGUCGGACACGUCGCCAAGCCUACGGUCUCUGAAAGACAGCCCAAGAGGCCCAAGACUGGCCAAAGCCUUGACCAGCUGAUCCGGGAGGAAGGCCAGCAAGCCGAAUGUCCGCCUCGGACACUUCGCAACGGCAACAAUACAACAGCCGACACCGCGUCUCUCUACACACAGCAACUUCCACAGCGCUCUCGCCCGAGCCUGAAGAUAGCCAAACCUCAGAUUCCACGCGAGACCUGUCUGACAGCUCUGAAGACAACAUAG